AUGCUGGAGAGCUGCUCGGAGUUACCAGAUUGCGUGGACAUGCAGGCUCUGUAUCAAGGACAGAGGAAGAAGAUUGAAGCUGAAGAACAUGUGGCUACUAGUGGCUUCUGCCAGGUUUUUAGACACUCGAAACACUUUUUUUCUUUUUUUCCUUCUCCCCCUUCCCCCCCGCGAGAAGCCAUUCAUGCAAUUUUGGUUUACAGUCAAAGUGCAGAAGAACUUUUGAAACGAAGGAAAGUCUAUCGAGAAAUAAUUUUUAAGUAUUUGGCAAUACAAGGAAUUCCAGUGCCUCCUUCUUCAGAGAAGCACCAACUCAUUGAUCGUGCAAAGCAAUACUGGAAUGGGCAGCUCACAGCAAGCUCCUCGAAAUGGGAGGACAGCAAAACACACACAGCGAGUCAUGAAAAAAAUCAAAAGCUACCAAAUGAUGACGUUCAUGAUCUAGGAGAAGAAUUCUGUCAAUGGUUCUUUGAACUCCUGAACUCUCAACAUCCCUUGAGUGUACAGUCUGAAGAAACAUGGGGACCACAGCAUUUUUGGGAGGAUGCCAAAAUGAAAUUCUGUUAUAAUACAUUAGAAAAAAACACGGAAGAAUAUGUUGGUGCAGAAAUGGUGAGCCUUCGUCUGCUCUCGUUGGUGAAAGAAGAAUACCUUCUACUGAAUCCCAAUUUGAAUGCUGACGGACUGAAAUGUACAAUGUCUCGACAUGGGUUAGUACUGGUAGCAGUGGCUGGUACGGUACAUAGAGGCAACACUUGUUUGGGUGUCUUUGAACAAAUUUUUGGACUUAUCCGCUGUCCGAUUAGAGAGAACACCUGGAAAAUAAAAUUUGUGAAUCUUAAAAUAGUUGGACAGAAUGCUCUGGAGCCUGGGAAACGAAUUGAAAAGCCAUCCAUAAAAUAUGAAUCAAACCAACUGCAGGCAUUGUAUGAUGGAAAAGAACUGAGUCUGAUUGAACCUCAGAAAUUCUGAGCAAUUCCUUCAGAAUUGAGAGACUGUGAGGAAAAAACAUAGGGCACUUGUAGUGCAUUCCUAAAUAUUGAAAUGAUUGCAGCCAUGUGAUGUUGUCUCUUUCUUGAGUCAGAUUUACUAACUGGAUGGCGAACUGAGAUACCGAGUAUAAAAUGUUAGUAGUAUUUUGGGCACCUUUCCAACAGCUAACAAAUACUUCAGAUUGUUUCUGUAUUUAGAGAUGGAAUUAUUUUGGUUAUUCUUGGUUACAAAACAUGGUUAUGUUUAAAUAUGCUCUGGCAGCAGUAUGUGAUGAACUUGAUGACUUUGGUCCACCCGUUGUAGGUUGCUUCUCUUUGGGUCACCAGUUUAAACUCUUAUAUAAAUUGUAUCAGAAAGUCAUGGUAUCUGGCUUGGUGAAAUUGGGAUUAUUGAGUGUCUUAAUGGGCUACUAAAUCCCAAGAAAGCCGACUACCAUUUUGGGAGGUUUUUGGAGAGAACAGACAAAAUAAUGUGAAUGGAGACUACUUCUACUUAUGUUCUAAAUACGAUUCCUUUACUGAACAAUAGGAGUAGUUUAAUGGAACAAUGUAGGGUAGUUAGCACUGUUGAAGCCUUUUUCUUUUUGAAUUAAUAGCUUCCCUUUCUUUUACCUUAAAGUUUCAACUUUGCAAUCAGUUCAGACAAACUCCAUUCUUCUAGCUAUAUCCUCAAGCUGGCAAAUUUGAAAUGGUUACCCAGGCAUUCAUUUCUAGUGCUAGGUCAAGUAGUUGACUUCAGGACAUACUGCAGCACUGUCGGAAACAAAUGCUUUGAUAAUUAUUUGUAUAUACUUGCAACAGAGUUUCUAAUUUAAUGAUUGUGAUUCUUGUAUGUUUUCUCAAAAUAAGAAUUUUAUCUAGUCAUAGCUGCUUUGUUACAUUAACUAGAAGUCAAUUUAGUAACACUGGGAAGUUGCAGCUAGAGCUGAUUUAAAAAAAAAUGUGAUUACUAGUUCAUUACUGAAAUUAAUGUUGUUGUAGAACUUGAGUGCUUUUUAAAAUUCUCUUUUUAUAAAUGUUUAAAGAUGUGACAAUAGAUGCAAUAACUUUUUUUUUUCCAGCGGCUUGCUUGGGUUAUUCAGUUUUAUUCGGAACAAUCUGAAUCUCAAGUUCUCCUUGACAAUUUUUCUUUAAUAAUUUCUUUUCUAAGUGAAAGUUCAAAUUCCGAAUGUUCUUUCCCGAUAACCUAUUGAGGUAUGACUUCAUCAGCUACUAAUUUAUAAUAAACACUGAAGAAGCAGUUUC